GUAAAGUACCAAGAACCUCAAUUCAUCCUUUUGGUCAUCACAAUUUCUGCCUCAACUACAACCAAUGUGAAAGCACUAAAAUUGCUCUAUUCAGCAGAUGGAAUCCUAUUAUAAACAACCAUAACAACAGACGUUCCUCCGCCAAAACCUCCGUUCAAGCAAGUGAUGACGAGGAUAGCCCCAGCAAAUUGGAAAUCUCAAACGAUGCGGCAGAUGAGGAAUAUUCAUAUAGAUUGAAGUCUCUGAUGCAAGUUUAUAAGGAGGCUGUCCUAGUUGGAGAUGUAAAGGCUGUAUCUGAAAUUGAGGCAUUAGUCAUAGCCUCGGUAGAAACGGAGAGGAAUGACUUGGCUCAAAAAGUAUCUGCUCUAUCAGCAGAUAUCAGUUCUGGAAAGGAAAAAUAUAUGCGUUUGCAAGCAGAUUUUGAUAAUUAUAGGAAAAGAUCUGAGAAUGAGAGAUUAAAAAUUCGGACCAAUGCUCAAGGGGAAAUAAUUGAGAGCCUCUUGCCCAUGGUUGAUAACUUUGAGAGAGCUAAGCGACAGCUAAAACUAGAAACUGAGAUGGAAAAGAAAAUUGAUGCAAGUUAUCAGGGUAUAUACAAACAAUUCGUGGAGAUAAUGCGGAGCUUGCGUGUCGCUGUUGUUCCAACUGUUGGCAAGCCGUUUGAUCCCGCGCUGCACGAGGCAAUUGCUCGUGAGGAAUCUCAGGAAUUUAGUGAGGGAAUUGUAAUUGAAGAAUUUCGCCGUGGUUUUUUACUUGGUGACUGCCUUCUAAGGCCAGCAAUGGUUAAGGUUUCAUCUGGACCUGGUAAAAGGGUACCCGCACAGAAAUCCCCAGCAGCAACUGUCGUCGGAGUUGAUGAAAGCUAGUUCAAUUUCACAGGGAUGGGUACAUCCAAUUCUUUGAAUCGUGAAGACUACUUCCAGUCAUAUAAAUGGAUUUAAAUUCUCAUCCGUCUUGGCAAUCCUUCAUUUAUUCCUAUCUCCUUUUUUUUUUUUUUUGUUUCUAUUACGCAAUGAGAAAUAGGGGUAUACUUUGAAUGUAAGAGAUUCAAUUCAGUUGUUGAAGGAAAUAUAUGCUCGUUUUGCUGUUGGUCUAAA